AUGGGUGAUAAUCAAGAAAGAUUGUCAGUUUCCUCAUCGUCGCUGACAACAGCCCAAGCUGAAGGGGAUUCACUCAUGAUAGUUGAGGAGUCUUGGAUGAUUGCAGAAGAGAGAGCUCAUGAGAUACUAAGCGUUAUCCAACCUUUCUUUGUUUCAGAUAGAAAUAGGAAUGAAAUCAUUGAUUACGUACGAGCUCUAAUCAAGAGUCAUGAUGGAAUUGAGGUAUUUUCAUUUGGUUCAGUGCCACUGAAAACAUAUCUCCCAGAUGGAGAUAUUGAUAUGACGGUCAUAACUAAGCAAAAUAUGGAGCAUAAAUUCUUUGAAAAAAUGUACAAUACACUUAAGAGUGAAGAAGGAAAACCUGAAUUCGAUGUAACUGAUGUUAAGUAUAUCCCUGCACAGGUCAAGGUCAUAAAAUGCAACAUCAGGAACAUUGCUGUUGAUAUCUCCUUUAAUCAAAUGGCGGGUCUCUGUGCUUUAUGUUUUCUGGAACAGGUUGACCAACUCUUUGGAAGAGAUCAUCUUUUUAAGCGUAGCAUCAUCUUAAUUAAAGCUUGGUGCUAUUAUGAGAGCAGAAUUCUUGGUGCCAACAUGGGAUUGUUCUCAACAUAUGCAUUGUCAAUACUAGUCUUGUACAUCAUCAACCUAUUUCAUUCAUCAUUAUCCGGCCCUUUAUCGGUUCUCUACAAGUUCUUGGAUUACUAUGGUUCAUUUGAUUGGAGCAACUACUGUAUCAGUCUCAGUGGUCCUGUGCCAAUAUCUCGUCUUCCAGAACUUAUGGCGGCUUCUCCAGAAAAUGGGCAGGAGUUAUUGCUUGACCAGAAGUUUGUAAGAGAUUGUGUCAAGUUAUAUACUGCUCCAACCAAACCUGUUGAAACAAAUGGUCUUGAGUUUCCUAUCAAACAUCUCAACAUAGUUGAUCCUCUUAAAUACAGCAACAACCUCGGAAAAAGUGUUACAAUAGGAAAUGUCAAACGAGUAAAACAUGCUUUUACACUGGGAGCUCGAAAGCUCAGAGAUGUUCUUUCACUACCUGGUGAAACCAUUGGAUGGAGACUGGAGAAGUACUUUGGCAAUGCUUUGGAGAGGAAUGGUAAGGGACAAAGGCAAGAUGUGAAAGAUCCUGUUACUGCGUUUGGUACUGGAAGGUCAGAACUAUCUGACCUCAGUGGAGACUUUGAAGGUUACUUUGGAAGACUUGCGAGUUACCAAAACAAUGAGUUUUAUCUAAGAGCCAUGAAUGGUUCAACCUCAAUUCAGCCUAAUGUCUUUCAAAACAUGGGAAAGAGGAGAGGAACAGGAACUUAUAUUCCUGAUAUGAGUCAACAGCUGUACCAUGCCAGGUUCAGAGGUUCGGGUGCUGGAAACUCAGCAUCUCAUCAUAUAGGAGCCAGUAGUAGCUGCAAUCUUUCUGGUGAAGUGUCUACUUCUUCUGCCAGUAUCAAAGGAGAAGAAUGUGUGAAAUCAGAGCCUUGUCAGUCUUCACCACCAGAAAACAUAGGAGAUUCUAUAUCUUCAAAAACACUGGAAAUGGAGAAUGGCAAAGAAGAAGAGAGCAAAACCUCCCAAAAGUUGAAGAGUUCUUGAAUUUAGUGAUUGUGACAGAAUCUUUGGUUGGUCUCUUGGUUUCCCUAUAGGAUAACUAUGUUGUAUCUUUAAUUGCAUGGAAAAACUCUUUUUAGGAUUUAAAAGAUUCAUCAGGAAUUUGAUUACUUUCUGUUGAUCAAUGUUUCUUGAGAGAUAUCUUCUUCAUUGUUGGUAAG